GAUCGAUGUUUCGGUGCUUGAUGAGUAGAGCCUAGUAAGCAGUGCGUGGUUCCAGUCGUGGGGAAUUCAAUGGUGUAAAAGAGAGGAGCGGGACGUUCACUAUCAGCUGACCGGUAGCCAGCAUGGGUCGGCGCUCCUCUGACAGCGAGGAUGACAGUCGGAGCCGGAGGAAAAGAAAACAGCGUCGCCGUUCUUCGUCCUCCUCGUCUUCCUCCUCCUCCGGGAGCAGGGUGAGGAGUAGCCACAGCAGGAGAUCCACUCGUAGGAGCCGUUCUCGCUCCAAAGACAGAAGGAGAAGACGGCGUUCCAGCAGCAGUUCCUCCCAGAAUUCGUCUCGCAGGAGAAGGAGCCGAAGUGCGGACAGAGACAGAGGAAGGAGCCACCGCUCGCAUAGAUCCCGCAGUCGGGACAGAAGGUCUCAUUCUCGCCACAGACGGUCCCGCAGCAGGAGCAGCAGCCGAGGCCACCGAACAAGCCACAGCCGCAAAAGAAGCCGCAGCAACAGCCGGGAGCGGGACCGGAGUCGGCGCAAGGGUCGCGACCGGGACAGGGAGAAAGAUCGGGAGCGAGACCGAGGAAGAGACCGAGACAAGGACAAGAGUAAAGACAAGAAAGGGGAUUCUGAGAGUAUCAAAGACAAAUUAGAGCAUCUGACUCCAGCAGAGCAGGCGAAGGUGCGAAUGCAUUUGGUCCUACAGGCAGCAGCUAAGACAGACGAAGUUCUGAAGGCCAAAGUAGCCAAAAGAGAAGAGGAGGCCCGAAAGAAGCUUGAAAAAGAGGGAACCUCUCUGGAGGAGCAAGUGCGAAGGAUAAAGGACAUCGAGGCCAUCGAGAGUGAUUCCUUUGUUCCUCAGGCUUUCAAAUCUUCCCGGGAUGACACAAAGGUUGUUGCAGCUCAGAAGAAGCAGGAAUCAGAAAGCGCUCCCCCUCAGGACUACUCCCUCCCGAUAUCUAUAGUCUAUGAUGACACCGGCACCCUCGCUCAUCCCAGUUUGUUCAUGGAUAAAGAGACGGCUGAAGAUCUCUGGCUGAGAAGAUUGAUCUCACUGCGACAAGAACGACUGAUGGGAAGUCCUGUAGCCUGAAGGCCAACAGCGUCCAAUAAGAGCUUUUUGUUCCCAGCGUAGUUUUUAGUUCAGCUCUUCACUUUCAGUCUCACUGUGUCUUCUUUUGGGACAUCUCAACAAUGCCUAUGUCCACUUUUGCGAAGCCUUUUGAGGGAAAUUGUUUUUGGUCCAUUUCGUUUUUUGUUUUGCUUUUUUUUUUUUUUUUUUUUUUUGAUGUUGAUGAUUUUGAUUUGGUUAAUUAUGUUAUGGUUAAAUGUUAUUUUUUUAACAUAGAUGUGAACUUUGACACAUUCUGUUUUACCUUUCAAUAAAAAGUUAGUUGUGACUGAUGUUGGGAACAUUGUAAUAAAAUUUACUGACAACUCUUUCCUUAACAAAACACUGUGGCUCUUGUUGAGUAUCUAAAGUUAAAUAAGUAUAUUUACUGCUCCAGACACAAGUUUGCAUAUUCUAAUCAUCUGCAUUUCCAGAAUUGUAUAUGGCUUUAAUGAUUUGUUUGAAUUGUUGUUCAGGGUGGAGAGAUAAUGCAACUUUUUUUUUUUUUUUUUAGAAAAUUAACAUUUGAAUUUGCUGUGGUUUUUCUCUAAUUCUAUAAUAAUUGCGGUGAGAAUUCCAUUUUUAGCCGAAUUUGUUGAGAUAUGUUGUUUAAAUCCAGUAUUACAAUUAUGCUGGCAAAUUCAUAAUUAUACACAGGCAAACAUUAAGGGAAGUUUAAUGCUUGCCUGUGUUUCUGUUCCAAACCCAGCUUUUAUCAGUGUUUGGGCUCAUCAUCCUGUUGGAAAUUUCAAUCCUUUCUCAAUUUCAACUGUCUGGCUUCUGAUUUAAGAUAACAUUUAAGAAUUUAAAGGUCUACAAUAUUCCCACCAGUGCCACUGACAAUGAAACAAACCCACAACAUGGUGCCAGCAACACCAUGCUUACCACUGUUCUGACAUCCUCCAAACACAGUCCUCGUCUUUGCAAUAAAGGAGUUUAAUCUGUUCCUCCACAGACAUAAAAAAUAUACACAUAUAAACUCUAGUCAGUCUUAAAGGUGGUGAUUUUUCUUGGGCAAAUCCCUCUCUUUUUUUGGUUGAGAUCCACCUCCAAUCCAUGUAAAUGUUAAACUUAGUUACGAACGGUGAUACAGGUAAACUACCAUCUUCUAGUUUAUGAUCAACUAAACUUGGUUGUUUAUGAAAAUCCGAACCAGCUUCCCUUCCUCUUUUUUUAAUCACUAAAGUUAUAUGUUGUAUAGUCUUCCUUACACCUUGAAGAAGAAAUGUACAUGUGUCAUUAGAAGUUUAGCACGAUUGACUGGAUAUAAACUUCUGACCAAAACUGUAACACUCUGCCUUGAAUUUUAUUCCUUCUACUCAUGUGUACUAUUGAGGGAUUUAAGUUUGUGUUUUCUCAGUGUUAUGUUGCUAGUUGAGAUGGAUUCAUGGAGGUGAGUCAACCCACGAAGCUAUUUGUGGAACCUCCAGAUGGUAAACCUAUACUACGGAGUCUGGGACAUGCUGUCGCUAUUAUAGUCUCCAGACACUUGGUGUCGAAAUGAAAUGAUAAUUAAGAAUAUAAUAUAACUCAAUAUUAUAUUAAGCCCACGUUAAAUUUAGUCGUAUGACUUACUUGCAUUUGCAAAAAUAAAUGUUCU